GCAGGAGGCUGCAGCUCCAUCAUCCCUCCAUCCUUGCUGGGAUGCACGCGCAGACCCACGCUGCUCCUUCACGCCUCCUCCCCGCAUGGAUGAUAACAGCCUCCUCAUGGAAUUCACACACCGCAGGUAAUUGGACUUUUUAAGAAAAAAAAACAAAAAAACCCACAAAACAUUACAAAAAAAAAGGACAAGAAGGUGGAGGGAAGCCCAGGUGGCCCAAAUCGGACAUGGGACCGCGCCGCGCCGCACGGGAGGGACCCGGUGUUGCAGGAAGAAGAACGCGCUCCUGAAGAAGACGCGGGAGUUUAUUCUUUUUUUUUCCUAGCUUUUUUUGUUUUGAAAUUAGGAAGUGGGGGGGUGGUGAGUUGUGGCAUUUGACGCGUCGGAACGAUGCGCCCCGACCGCCGCUUCAUCCUGCUGCUCCUCAACGGAACCGCUUGUUUGGUGGCCCUAAGCCAGGAGGACCACUCCUCCAGCCCAAAGAGCUCCUCAGGAGACUCCUCAAAGACAGUGGGCCUCCUAAGCGGCCAGACUCCCCUGUCGCCUCUCAGCCGCUGGAUGCUUCACGGUAGAAGCCGGGCCGCCAACGCCACCUCCAUGGAGCUGCCCUACCGCUCGCCUGUGGCUUUCUCCAAGCAGGAGUUUUCCAAACAGGAGUUCUGGGAGAUGCUGGGCAGCGACCUGCUCAAAACCGACGCCUCGGGCUCCAGAGUCAAGCGGCGGCCCAUCGUUAAGACCGGCAAGUUCAAGAAGAUGUUUGGCUGGGGAGAUUUCUACUCCAACAUCAAGACGGUGCGGCUGAACCUGCUCAUCACCGGCAAGAUCGUAGACCACGGCAACGGCACGUUCAGCGUCUACUUCCGCCACAACUCCACGGGGCAGGGCAACAUCUCGGUGAGCCUGGUCCCGCCGGUCAAGGCGGUGGAGUUUGACCUGGAGCGCCAAAGCGUGGUGUACCCAAAGGACUCCAAGAUUUUCAACUGCCGUGUGGACUAUGAGAAGGUGGACCGCAGCAAGCGCACCUCGCUUUGCAACUACGACCCGUCCAAGACCUGCUUCCAGGAGCAGAUCCAGAGCCACGUGUCUUGGAUUUGCUCCAAGCCUUUUAAAGUCAUCUGUAUCUACAUUUCCUUUUACAGCACGGACUACCGCCUUGUUCAGAAGGUCUGCCCGGACUACAACUACCACAACGAGAUGCCCUACUUGCCGUCGGGUUAGAGGACUUGUUGGGGGAGGAAAUAGGAGCGAGUAGUAGCGAGGGUGGGGGGCAGAGUCGUGAAUUGUUUUGGAUGCCACUGUGUAGCCAGACUGGAGGGAGAUUUUAAAAGAUAUAUGCAAACCAAAACAGCAGUACGCACACCACAAAGUCGUGUGGAGUGGACCGGUAGAGAACACUGCAUAAGUUCUUACCUCAAACUGUAUCUGUCUCCCCAUGAAGUCCCUUGUCCUCCCAGUGUGCUUCAAGAGCGUCCGGCAAUUUAGGAAAUAUUUCAGCGUCUGGACCGGACCGUACCUUCUUUCCUGUAUUUACUUCCCUCCAAACGGUUGAAUGUAAAGCAGUUCCGGUUGUUUUGAGAGGAUGUCUACUGUAUGGUCUCUACUGACCACAAAGUAAAAUACAAGAUAAAAACCCUAUGAGAACUGGCAGAACCGCGAAUUCAUUUGGCACUCUGGCAUCAUACAGUAAACCCACUGGGCCUACAAACUAUGAACUUUCCUUCCUGGGUAUGUAGACUUAAACCUUAGCCCAGUCUGUCAGAAUGCAACUGAAGUGGAACUCACACUGGGACUGGUUGCCCGAGCACUGUCAAUGUACCCUUGAGCUAGGCACUGAGCCCCCAACUCAUAUUUACAAAUCCGAGCAGGUUUGCAGGGGCGUGACGUUUCCACGCAGCAGCUCACUUCCACGGUUGAGUUUGGAUUAGUCAACCUUGAUUAGGCUUGCAUUUCUAUCAUUUCCACGUAAUUUGCCCAUGAAUGAAACAAAGAAAGAACAUGCGCCACGGUAAUGUAGAGUAUUUUUAGAGAGGUGACGAGCAGAAAAAGUGAGCCAACAAGCUCUUUUAAUUAAAGUUGUGACAUAGCGAAGAAUGCAGCGCCGUCUUUUGGUGGUGCGGGGGGGUUGGUGGAAGAUCAAAAAAAGAUUGCAUUUUGUUGCCAUCAGGAUCCCUGAUUUCACGCCUUGAUAACUUUCAUUGUUUCCUACAAACACGGCGCUUGCUGCAGUUAUUGCAGAGAAAUGAAAAUAUUAUCAUAAUAACUGCAUAUCAUUUAAUCUCCGUUAGAAGUAAUUACGCUUUCAGCGAGGGGCCCCGCACGCACAGCAUUCCUCCACAUCCAGCUGGCUGACGCGGGUACGUUUUAGCGUGGAGCUCGCGGUUCAAGUUCAACCGCGACUUAAACGCCCUCAUUUAUAUAAAUGGCCGGCGGCUGGCCCGUCUCGUGUUGCGCUUGUAAACAAGAGCUCAAAAAUAGAGCCAUGAAUCAGCCUGACCUUUGUCGCGGUGGAUGAGCUGCCUGCGUACAGUAGGUUUUAAUUGGUAAAGUAGCAUCGUCUUCUAUUGGCCGACAGCUUGUUCCCGACUCCUCAUGUCAUAAAAGAAGAAAAGACAAAAAUAUAAGACGCACAAAUUAACCUAACGACCAGGAAAUUGCUAAUAGAUGCCACUUUUUCCUGCAGGGUGUGUUUGACGCGCACCUCCUUUCUCAUUCAUUCCGUCCACAUCAGAGCCGGUAUUGAUUAGUGGAGCUUUACUGUCGAAACUGACAUCCUGACUGGAUGUUCUCCCCUGCUUGCUUUCUUAAUUAGCCCGACUUCUAUCAGCAUUACACGGCUUACAUUUGUUUACAGUGUAGUAGUUUGGAGGCGGUCCUUGUGAUGUGGGUGUCAGCAAAAAAAAAAAAAGCAAAAAGCAAAGUAUGAUGCAUUGAGGAAGAACCCAAUAAAUUUGGGGUGUAUGUCUGCUGAGUGUAGCUGGUUUUUGUCUUUUGCAGUGCUUGCUCCGUAAAAACGCCCUUUGGCAUUCCAAUGUGAGAUAAACGUUCAGUCUGCCCCGGCCUAGAAAAGGCUUUUAACUGUAAUUAAGGCUCUGUCCACACGGAAACGUUCCUUUUUGGCAGGUUGAGAACAAUUCGGCGUCCACACUGUGCCGGAUUAGGAAGUAGUUGCAUUCAGACAGGAACAGAUCACGGAGUGAAAACGAUGUAAUACACAAGGCACACCUACGUGUGGCGCUGUAAGCAGACGCACAGAUGGAACCACGUGACACACCAAACUCGAAGAAGAAAGAACGCAUGCGCACAAGUCCGCCGUCUUCCCCUUUCCCGAGGUUCAUCUAGACUUAACGACAAAAUGGAAUUACUUUUGGGAGUCAUUUUGGAGAAAAAUGCCACAAAACAUCAGGAGAAUGUCGACGGGGGUGAGUCACGUCAGUCAAAAUAUUCAGAUGACAUGUUGGCUUCUCGUCAAAGCUCACUUGUGGUCACGUGACGGUGACGAGGUGGCGAUGGGUCGGUGACAUCAUCGUUUUCGUAAAACAGCGAUUUCGGCUAUUUACAUGGAAACGACAAGCCGACGAUGACAGACUUUCCCGCUCCGUUUUCAAAAAAUACAGUUUCAGGGCACCCAGAAUGUCGUUUCCGUGUGCCGUUUUGACUAGUGGAUAGCUCCUACGUCUUUUAACAUAACGAAUGUGAUACAAUGAAUGUUAAGAGAGGUCAUUGAUGUCAUGCCAGGGUCCGGGCUCAAGACAGUCAUAGAAAGUGCGCGGGGGGUGGGGGGGGCGUCACCGCCUCGAGGAGUGCUGCACUGGUGCGUUAAUGUGCUUCACGCGUACAUCACCCGCCAUCAGAUGUCUGCAUGUUCCUCUGCCACAUCCCUGCCCCCCCGCCCGCUAGUGCGACCUCCCGGUGCCUCCCUUACCCCGCCUGUGAACCCUGUUCCCUCACCGCUGUCCCGCCCACUCUCUCGUGAGCAUUCGAGCCGAGUCGCUAAUCUCUGCGAGCUUAACGCUGCACACUGGCAGCAGGAACUUGUCGUUUCCCGUCUCGUUAUCUCUAUCUUAUCAUAAAAGCACAAGCGGCCCCAAGUCUCGUCCUCUGUUCAAAGCAUCUUAGAUAAGACCCUGGAUUGUAAGGAUCGGGAAUCUCAUUGAAACAAGAGUGCACGCCCCCAAGUGACCUCAAAACUCCGCCUCCUGCCUCACCCCCCUGUCCUGCAGAGACGUUGGCAUCGCUGGCACACACGCUGGAGUCAAAGACGAGUCACGACCAUGACUCGCUGCUGCCGGGAUGUAACCCCGUCUCCACUGGGCUACGUAGCCACCUGCUAAGUUUAACAGCAAUAGCCGCCCGCUGAGACUCCGCCUGCUGAGAGUCUGCCUUCUUAGACUCCGCCCAUGAGUAGUGACUAAACAGACCUGUUGCUGGUGGAUCUAUUUGGCCUUACAGACUGCGACACCUCAGCAAAGGAUAGUAACUAUAAACAUACAUAUAUAAAUAUGAAUAUAUAAAUAUGAAUAUAUAUAUAUAUAUAUAUAUAUCAAGACUGAAUAAAGUUGUAUUUAAAUGUGGGCUCUUUUUUGUUCCUGCCUCAUGGGUUUGUUUCUGUGUCAUGUGGCUGAUGAUGAUACUGUACGGAUGAUAUGAUGCCAUUUACUGUGCUUUUUUUCCCAACAUU